AUGAAGUCUAAAUUCGAUCCAGAUAACGAGAAGAUUAUUGUAGAUUACAUGAAAUACAACGGACAAGUUAAAAAUCCUUUUGCAGAAUUAAGCAAAAUUAUUCCUUUUAAGCCCAAACAAAUUUCUCAUCAUUGGUGGAAUGUACUUGAUCCACGUAUUGACCAAGAUCCUAUCUCAGACGAAGAAAAGGAUUUUAUUUAUAGAUGGGUUGAAAAUGCUUAUGCACAAAAUUCGAUGAUACAAUGGAAAGUUUUGAAAACUGAAAUACAAAAUGAAUUUGGAAAAUUCCGCACCCGUAAUCAUCUAAAAAACAUUUGGUAUUCUAAGGAAAGACGACUUGUGCGGAUUGCCAGAGUUGGAAUAAGACGAAAUUAUUAA